AUGGGUUUCUUUAAAACACUUGUUCAACUCAUUCUAAAAAAUAUAGGUAUUACUCUUAUUUGUAUAAUUGCAUUUAGUUCUAGAUUAUAUUCUAUUAUUAUGUAUGAAGCAAUUAUUCAUGAAUUUGAUCCAUAUUUUAAUUUCAGAGCAACAAAAUAUCUUGUAGAACAUGGACCAACAGCAUUUAUGAAUUGGUUUGAUCCAGAUAGUUGGUAUCCAUUAGGAAGAAAUAUUGGUACAACUGUUUUUCCAGGAUUAAUGUUUACAUCAGCAUUUAUAUUUAAAUUUUUAGCAUAUUUCAAUUUAAUCAUUGAUGUAAGAUUAAUUUGUGUUUGUAUGGGACCAAUUUAUAGUGUAAUAACAUGUAUUGUUGCAUAUUUAUUUGGAUCACGUGUACAUUCAGAUAGAGCAGGAUUAUUUGCAGCUGCAUUAAUUUCAGUAGUGCCAGGUUAUAUGUCAAGAAGUGUUGCAGGAAGUUAUGA